AUGACAGAAACCGAGAAUUUUGAAGAGGACCUUUUUGCUGACCUCUACGAUGACAACGACACAUCCGCAAAGGGGCCCCCCGCCCCAGCACCUGUAGCGGAACCGCCCGACAAUGACCAGCAGAAGUCGUUGCCGCGACCCAGUAACGAUGCAAACGAGAACGAACACAUGCAUCACGAUGGCGGAGAAGAAGAAGAUGACGACGAAGUUGACUUUAACCUCGGAGGCGGCUCUAAUAAUGCUGUCGCUGCUCCUCCCCAGGAUACCGGCUCGUCGACCCCUCCGUAUGGAACUGUUCACAAGGCAAGCGCCAAAGAUGAUGGGUAA